UCUCGCCAAGACCGCUCGCCCUCCCCGAGUAGGUGCUGCUGUAGAGGUGACCUGACUGUCCGGGGCUCGCUUUGCAGGAGCAGGUGCAGGAAUUGUACGCGCAGUCCCGAAUCAUGCCUGAACCAGUUAGAGUCCUUGUAACUGGAGCAGCUGGUCAAAUUGCGUAUUCACUGCUGUACAGUAUUGGAAAUGGGUCUGUCUUUGGUAAAGACCAGCCUAUAAUUCUUGUGCUGUUGGAUAUCACCCCAAUGAUGGGUGUCCUGGAUGGUGUCCUCAUGGAACUGCAAGACUGUGCCCUUCCCCUCCUGAAAGAAGUCAUCACAACAGAUAAAGAAGAGGUUGCCUUCAAAGACUUGGAUGUGGCUAUUCUUGUGGGCUCUAUGCCAAGAAGGGAAGGCAUGGAGAGAAAAGACUUACUGAAAGCAAAUGUGAAAAUCUUCAAAUGCCAGGGUGCAGCCUUGGAGAAAUAUGCCAAGAAGUCAGUUAAGGUUAUCGUCGUGGGAAAUCCAGCCAAUACCAACUGCCUGACGGCCUCCAAGUCAGCGCCCUCCAUCCCCAAGGAGAACUUUAGCUGCUUGACUCGUUUGGAUCACAACCGAGCAAAAGCUCAAAUUGCUCUUAAACUUGGUGUGACUGCUGAUGAUGUAAAGAAUGUCAUUAUCUGGGGAAACCAUUCCUCAACUCAAUAUCCAGAUGUCAACCAUGCCAAGGUGAAAUUGCAAGGAAAGGAAGUUGGUGUUUAUGAAGCUCUGAAAGAUGACAGCUGGCUCAAAGGAGAAUUCAUCAAGACUGUGCAGCAGCGUGGUGCUGAUGUCAUCAAGGCUCGAAAACUGUCCAGUGCAAUGUCUGCUGCGAAAGCGAUAUCUGACCAUGUUAGAGACAUCUGGUUUGGAACCCCAGAGGGAGAGUUUGUGUCUAUGGGCAUUAUCUCUGAUGGCAACUCCUAUGGUAUUCCUGAUGAUCUGCUCUACUCGUUCCCUGUUGUAAUCAAGAAUAAGACCUGGAAGUUUGUUGAAGGUCUCCCUAUUAAUGAUUUCUCACGUGAGAAGAUGGAUCUCACUGCAAAGGAACUGGCAGAAGAAAAAGAAACUGCUUUUGAAUUUCUCUCCUCUGCCUGACUAAACAAUCAUUUUGAUGUUACUGAAUGCUCCAAAGCUGAAGAAUCUAAAUGUCGUCUUUGAUUCUAGUACCAAAUAAUAAUAAUGCUAUACUUAAACUACUUGUGAAAAACAGCACAUUUUAAAGAUUAUGUGCUUCUCGGUACAGAUUUGUGAGUGACAGUUUAUCAUGCUGUUAGUGCUGCAUCCUAAAUAAAAAUAUAUAUUCCAGUGAAA